UCUCCAGUUUCUCUCUUUCACUCGUUUGCUCGUGUGCUAUCCCUCCGUGUAACGAGUUCAACGACACAUCGUUGGUUGAGUGACCUACAUUGAGAUUGACCCAGAAAAGUGCUGUUGGGAUGUCGUGCUCAACCGAUUCGGUUGAGAAAAUUUCUAUUUUGUAUUUCAUCUGAAAUUGUGUUUUUUCCAUGGAUUUUUCCACCUUCGAUUUUUUUUCUCAUCCACAAAACAAACCCACACAAUUGUAAUAUCACAAUAAAAAUGUCGAAUAAAUAAAUGAUUUUACGAAGUGUAAACGAGAAUGAUUGUGAGAAAAGUAUAUGAUGCGAACAGUAUUCGAUAAACAUAACUUGUUAAUAAAGCAACUUGGUGCAGACGAAAAACUGGGAAUUUUCAAUAAAUAAAAAAAGAUGGUUUAGUGUCGUGUUACUGAAUUGUUUGAUCAUGAAAAUUGUGUAAAAUAGAGCAUAGUUCAAAUAAAUCGAAGCAAAUAGUGCUUUUAAUAAAUAAUAAUACGACUUUGUUGGUCCGUACACAGCAUUUCUGGAGGAAAAGUCCUUUCACAACCGAAGAGCUUACUGUUGAAGAAAAAAAUAUGUGUGAAGAUUUUUGUCGCAAUUUCACGCAAAUAAUUUAAAUCGAUUUUGGCCAUAAUAAAUUCAGUAAAUAUAAAUCAGAACAUUUCAUUAUAGAUAUAUUUUUGAGAGCGCCAUGGGCACAACGAGAAAAUGUGUGUGUGAAUGACAAAAAAAAAAUAAAAAUCGCGAACUAUUGGCCGUAUGCCAUCGUUUUAAAGCCGAGAGAUAAUUGGAUUUCGACUUGAGCCAUAUGUGGGCAUCAAGGGCAUGUUCAGUGCAAUAAACUUGGACCACUAUAUUUCAAAGUCGUGUGUGCAUUGUUUUUCCUGUAUCAUCCGCGAAAUGCUGCCGUUCAAGAAGCAUCGUCGGGUGCAAAAGUGGACACUCAAAUGACAGCGACCACAACAAAUUCGGGUCAAAAUGUUAAAGUAAAAGUGGUAUCAUCAAAGAAAAAAGGAAAAGGAAAAUCGGCUGUGGACCCAACACAACCGGGACCAUCGUCACUAUUCAUUCUUGGUGACACGAAUCCAAUUCGACGACUGUUUAAAUUCAUCAUCGAAUGGCCACCAUUUGAAUAUACGGUUUUAGUAACAAUUAUUGCGACGUGCGUCACAAUGGCAAUGGAAGAACAUUUGCCGGACAAUGAUCGAACACCAUUGGCCAUGAAAUUGGAAGAGGCCGAACCAAUUUUUUUGGGCAUUUUCAUUGUUGAGGCAGCAUGCAAAAUACUCGCAAACGGUCUCGUUUUACAUCCAAAUUCAUAUUUACGCGACGUAUGGAAUAUCAUGGAUUUUGUUGUUAUUACAUCGGCACUCCUCACAAUGAUUCCGGCGAUUGGUGAAAAAAUGAAUCUGAAGAUUUUACGGGCGAUUCGAGUGCUGAGACCGUUAAAACUGGUGUCCCGAGUUCCAAGUCUUCAAGUCGUUCUGUUUUCAAUUUUGAAAGCAAUGGCACCAUUACUUCAAAUCGCAUUACUUGUUCUGUUUGCAAUAAUCAUCUUUGCCAUCAUCGGUUUGGAAUUUUACUCAGGCGCUUUGCACAAUAGCUGCUACAGCAUCGAAAAUAGAUGGGAAACGGUGCAAGAAAAUGAAAAAGAUGUUCCAUGUAAUCUGGAGAAUAAGCCAGGCGCCAAUCAUUGCGAAACGAAUGUCAGCUUGUGUUUUGAAGGAUGGGUUGGACCUAAUAAAGGCAUCACCAGUUUUGACAACAUCGGUUUUGCAAUGCUGACUGUAUUUCAAUGUGUUACCAUGGAAGGAUGGACACCAAUCAUGUAUUGGACCAACGACGCAUUAGGUCCGACAUACAAUUGGUUGUACUUCAUUCCGUUGAUUAUAAUUGGAUCUUUUUUCAUGUUGAAUUUAAUUCUCGGCGUUUUGAGUGGUGAGUUUGCAAAAGAGCGUGAAAAGGUUGAAAAUCGCCAAGAGUUUAUAAAACUUCGUCUAGCUCAACAAGUGGAGCGGGAAUUGGAUGGUUACGUGGAGUGGGUCUGUAGAGCAGAGGAAGUGAUCCUGGCGGAAGAACGAACCACUGAAGAGGAGCGACAACACAUUUUUAAUGUGCGUCGUCGAAAUGCAUUAAAAAAGCGAAAAUUGAAUGCUGGUGACAAGUCAAAAUCAACAGACACGGAGGAUGAGAGUGCAUUCGACGAUGAAGAUACAAAAACAAAGAAGAAGCGUGACGGUAGUUUUUGGAUGGCUGAAAAGCGAUUUCGAUUCUGGAUUCGGCACACCGUUAAGACACAGUGGUUUUAUUGGUUUGUGAUUGUGUUGGUGUUCCUGAAUACGGUAACAGUGGCAGUGGAGCACUACAAUCAGCCACAAUUUCUUUCGGAUUUUUUGUUUUAUACGGAAUACGUGUUUUUGGCGUUGUUUAUGUCGGAAACGUGUAUAAAAAUCUACGCAAUCGGACCGUCAAAGUAUUUUGAAUCGUCAUUCAAUCGCUUUGAUUGCAUUGUCAUUUUUGGAUCAUUAUUCGAGAUCAUUUGGUCAUAUUUCAAAGGCGAUUCAUUUGGAUUUUCCGUUUUACGUGCGCUACGAUUAUUGCGCAUCUUUAAAAUAACCGCAUAUUGGUCGGAAUUACGAAAUCUAGUCAUAUCAUUGAUGAAUUCAAUGCGAUCCAUCAUUUCAUUGCUGUUUCUUUUGUUCUUAUUCAUAAUGAUUUUUGCGAUGUUGGGGAUGCAAUUGUUUGGUGGAAACUUUAACUUUGAAGAGGGAACUCCGUCGUCGAAUUUUAACACAUUUGGCAUCGCUCUAUUGACGGUUUUCCAGAUUCUUACCGGUGAAGAUUGGAAUGAAGUGAUGUAUAUGGGCAUUGAAUCACAGGGUGGCAUUAAUGGCAAUGGAAUGAUUUACUCAAGUUACUUCAUAAUUCUAACGUUAUUUGGGAACUACACUCUAUUGAACGUUUUCCUUGCCAUUGCCGUUGAUAAUUUGGCGAAUGCCCAAGAGCUGACUGCUGCCGAAGAAGGAAAGGCGGAAGAAGACCGAGAGAAACAACUGCAAGAGCUCAAAAAAGAAAUGGAAGCCCUUCAAGGUGACACUGGUAAACCAGAGGGGAGUGGCAUUGACGCAGAAAAAGAAGAGGAAAAACCACAACCACCAGAAGAAGAGUCUGGACCGAAACCGAUGCUUCCGUAUUCGUGCAUGUUUAUUUUAUCACCAACAAAUCCAAUUCGUCGUGGUGUGCAUUGGUUUGUCAACUAUCGAUUUUUCGAUUGGUUCAUUAUGAUUUUUAUCGGAUUCUCGUCAAUCGCCUUGGCAGCAGAAGAUCCAGUGGUUGAACAUUCUCCACGGAACAUAUUCUUGGAAAAAUUGGACUACAUUUUUACUGCAGUGUUCGCUGUGGAAAUGUUUUUAAAAAUCAUUGACUUGGGAGUGAUUUUCCAUCCGGGAAGCUAUUUACGUGAAUUUUGGAAUAUUAUGGAUGCGGUUGUGGUUGUUUGUGCGUUACUCAGUUUCGGAUUUAAGUUUUUUGCUACAAUGAAAAUUCUUCGUGUCCUUCGUGUAUUACGUCCGUUAAAAACCAUCAAGCGAAUUCCGAAAUUGAAGGCAGUUUUCGAUUGUGUGGUCGGUUCGUUGAAGAAUGUUGUUAAUAUUUUGAUCGUAUAUUUGCUGUUUCAAUUUAUAUUCGCCGUAAUUGGUGUGCAAUUGUUCAAUGGGAAAUUUUUUCACUGCACCGAUGAGAGUAAGCACAAUGAAAGGGAUUGCCAGGGUUAUUACUUUGUGUAUAAGUCGGGCGAAAUUUUACCGACCGCAGAGGAACGUAAAUGGGAACUACAGAGUUUUCAUUAUAAUAAUGUCGCAUCGGCAAUGUUGACUUUGUUUGCUGUACAAACUACUGAGGGAUGGCCAACUGUGCUGAUGAAUUCGAUGGCGGCCAGUUUCGAGAAUAAAGGACCAAUCCCAUACUAUCGAAUGGAAAUGUCAAUAUUUUACAUAGUUUACUUCGUAGUGUUUCCAUUUUUCUUUGUAAACAUAUUUGUUGCGUUGAUCAUUAUUACGUUCCAAGAACAAGGGGAGGCUGAACUUCAAGAUGGUGGAAUUGAUAAGAAUCAGAAAUCGUGUAUUGAUUUCGCCAUCAAUGCAAGACCCUUCGCUACAUAUAUACCGCCUAUGCAUAAGCAUUUUAAAUAUAAAAUAUGGAGCAUGGUUGUGUCACAGCCAUUUGACUACUUUAUCAUGUUGUUGAUUGUAUUGAAUACAUUGCUUUUGAUGAUGAAGUCACAUGGACAAUCAGAAGGCUUUGAUAGUGUGAUGCGAUACAUAAACAUCGUAUUCACAACUCUAUUUUCAUGUGAAUCAAUUUUAAAAAUUUUGGGAUUUGGUAUUAAGAAUUACUUCAAAGAUGCGUGGAACACAUUUGAUUUCAUCACGGUCAUCGGUAGUAUAAUCGAUGCUGUUAUAUCGGAAGUUACGGUUGACAUCAAAGAGAAGAUCGCAUACAAAGACAUCAAAAAUACGGAAGAGUAUAUGGCUUGGGUGGCUAAUACAUUCAACUUGGGAUUCUUGCGAUUGUUUCGGGCGUCACGGCUCAUCAAACUGUUGCGACAAAGCUACUCCAUUCGAAUACUACUGUGGACAUUCGUUCAAUCAUUCAAAGCACUGCCAUAUGUAUGCCUAUUGAUUGCCAUGCUGUUUUUCAUUUAUUCGGUGGUCGGAAUGCAGGUUUUUGGGAAUCUCAAAAUGGAUGCGAACACUGAAAUCAAUCGACACAAUAACUUUCAAACAUUUCUCGCCGGAUUGAUGCUGCUGUUUCGAUGUGCAACAGGUGAAGCGUGGAAUAGCAUCAUGCUUGCGUGUUUACCGGGACACUGCGAUGUGAAAACUGGCAAAUUUGGAGAUGGAGAUUGUGGUUCGCCGAUGGCCUAUGGCUAUUUUGUUUCAUUCAUUUUUCUUUGCUCGUUUUUGAUGUUGAAUUUAUUCGUUGCGGUCAUUAUGGACAAUUUCGAUUACUUGACACGGGACUCAAGUAUUUUGGGUGCUCAUCAUUUGGAUGAAUUUAUUCGAGUUUGGGGAGAGUAUGACUUGAGCGCUGAUGGAAAAUUGCACUAUCAAAAAGUGUUCGAAAUGUUGAAAAAUAUCGAACCGCCGCUUGGUUUUGGUAAUAAAUGUCCAAAUAGCGUUGCGUAUAAGAAACUUGUCCGAAUGAAUAUGCCGAUGGACGAUGAUAAACGAGUUGGUUUUACAACUACACUAUUUGCACUGAUUCGGGAGAAUUUAGCAAUCAAAAUGAGAUCGCCUGAAGAGAUGGAUGUUGCUGAUGAUGAACUGCGUGAAACAAUCCGUAUGAUUUGGCCGCUGCAAGCCGAUAAAAUGACCGAUUUAUUGGUGCCAAGAAGAGUGAAAGGAGAUAAAAGAACGCUGACAGCCGGUAAAAUCUAUGCCGGUCUUUUGAUACUUGAGUCAUGGCGAACGACGCGUUUUGGUAAAUUACAGAGUCAUUUGGGGGGAUUAAAACUAACCGAUUUGGCGUCUGGCCAUGCAGAGGACGAAGUAUCAAAAGACAUGGACUUACACAUUCAAGAAGACGACAUGUUGUCACCCCGAACAAGGAGAGAAUUGGACGAAUCCCAGCGGGACUUUGAUCGAUAUACACGAAAUGAAUGGGUGGACUUUGUGCAAGAAAAACGACGGCACCGCACACGCUAUCGGCGCAGUCAUGUUCCAUACAGAGACACAUGGUCGGCAUCAUCAAGCCCUGGUCAUUCGCCGUCACGUGGUGGCCGAUAUCAUUAUGACGAUACCGACUAUUACUUUGGAAAUACAAACCUUGGAACGAGAUCACGAUCGCCAAGUCCAUCACAAGGCAAUGCUCAUCGACACGAGGGAGGCAUACUUCAUCAUUAUUAUCUAGGACAUCCGAUAUUUCGACGUCGAUUGCCGAUUACACCAAACAAACCAGCUACUCUUCCACUACCACAAUCAAGCGUUCGGUUUCCGGCAUUAAAUCCGAGUCCAACUCUCUUCUAUCGACCGCUGCAUCAUUCAGUGGCCACUCCGCACAGUGUUCAUUCAUUUCCACAUGCGCCAAAUACAAUGUACAAUCGUUAUAAUUACAUGCACGGCACAAGUUUAGAUGAUAACAUCGUCGGAUACCAUUUUCGUGAUCGUGAACGCGAACUUUAUGAGCGACAAAUUGAGUUUGAACGUGAACUCGAUCAGGAAAGGAUUGAAGCAUUGGCCACACCAAAUUCACCGUUAUCGUUCGAAGCUGCAAUGGCCAUGGGGCAAAGUGGUGGUUUCUAUCCAUCGACUUCCGCAAAUAAAUACAAAACGAAGCCAACGUCUGUCUUCAGUCAUCAGAAUGAUGGGGAUUGGUGUUGAGAUAAAAAAAAAAUCGAAAUAAAUAAUUUUUUUAUAUUCUAUACCGAAAUAAGCCUUCAACGAAUAACCUCGCCUUUAUACUUAAGCCUUUAAUAAUAAAAAAUUAAACGAUAAUCGUUAAUCUCGUUUAGAUUUACAUAAUUGACUGAUAAAAUAUGCUCAUACAAAUAUGUUUAGACAUCGGUGAUGCAAAAAGCUUUCAAUUAAUUUAAAAAAAAAAUUAAAUAAAUAAUGAUUACACUUCUAGAAGGUGCAAUUCACGAAUUAAAUAUUUCAUUCUAGGAAAUUUAGAUAACGAUUUUGCUGAAUCAAAAAAAAAUGCGAAGAAAUCAAUUCAAGUAAAAUCAAUCAAUAGAUCUGCAUAGGCACAGUUGUAAUGCCAAUGAAAUGGAUUGCUGACGAUUUUUAAUCUCGUUUGUGGCAAACCGUGCUGCAGUUCAGUUUAUUGGGGCUACAGCUAAAGUUUUAACACGUCAAAAUGUUGAACAUCAAAAUUUGUAUUCAUAGCGAUUAUCGAUCGCACAAAAUUACUAUAUUCAUAACGAAAUAAUUUUCCGAUACUUCAUAUUUAUAGUGUUUUAUAAAACCUAAACAAAUAGAUUCUAGUCAAUUGAAGCCCAAUGACGGCGACACUCGUCAAACAUUUAUAUUAAUACUAAAUCUCGAAUCAAUAAAAUCAUUUCAAAUUUGAACGAAACAUAUUCGA